AUGGGAUUCCGGACCAAGAAAGAGCGAAUUGAAAGCAGCACCAAUCUGUACAUUCGCUUUGUUAACGAGUGCCGCCAAGAUCGCCUUCGCGGAAAGCCACUGUUCCCAAUGACCGUCGAGGAUCUUUGUUCGUACAUCGAUUACAAAAUUCAGCACUGCAAGUACAAAUCCAUGCAAAAACAUAUUUCUGUGCUACAGUGUCACCCGAAGCAUGAUGAUCAUUGGAGAAAAGAAGUGUAUGAAAAUUUAACGGUUAUCAAGAGAAUGAUUCAUUAUCGAGAAUCAGAAGUUCUUGCGACGCGUCCUCCUUCCCCUGUCCCUGAUAUUGAAGCUCUCUAUGCUGGUGUUAACCGUCAGGUCGUGCCUAAACCAACAAGAGGGGUUAUGAUUUCUGCAGUGAAGCCACCGACACCAUCACCAUCACGGCAUCAACAGGAAGUAAAAAAUAGGGGCCCACUUGCUCUGACCCCAGAGAAAAUAGUACAAGCGAAGCGUAAAAUUGAGGAUACAGAAUAUUUGUCGCCGACGAAGAAAAAAUGUGUAUACAACGGCAGCACGCGAAUGAUGCAGAUCAAUGUCAGCGAGUUAGCAAGUAAAGUGCGGAUCUAUCCUGACGUGACGCCAAUCCUUCAGCGGCCGCGACCUGUGGAUCCACCUCCGCGUAAUGUCGUAGUGCUUAUCGGAAAGGACCCUACCAACUGCUGA